AUGGUGUCAAGUAGCUUCUCUGUCGAUACUCAUAAAUAUGAUGACGAUGGAGUCAUAAAACGAACUGGAACAUGGGUAACUGCGAGUGCACACAUAGUGAGUGCUGUGAUAGGAUCUGGAGUUUUGUCAUUGGCAUGGGCUGUUGCACAAUUGGGGUGGAUUGGAGGAGUUGUCUCUCUGAUACUUUUCUCAUUCAUUACUCUCCUCACUGCUUCUCUCACGGCUGAUUGUUAUAGGUAUCCUGAUCCUGUUUAUGGAAUCAGAAAUCCUACCUACAAAGUAAUGGUAAAGAAUAUUUUAGGAGGAUUUCAAUAUAAGCUUUGUGCAUUAGCUCAGUACACAAAUCUUGUGGGUAUUACCAUUGGCUUCACUCUCACAGGAUCCAUUAGCAUGGAGGCCAUAAAAAAAUCAAAUUGUUUUCAUAAACAUGGCCAUGAAGCAGAUUGCAGUACAGCCACUUAUCAAUUUAUGGCAAUCUUUGGACUCUUUCAGAUUAUACUAAGUCAAAUCCCUAAUUUUCAUAAACUUUCAUUCCUCUCUAUUGUUGCUUCUGUCAUGUCUUUUGGUUAUGCUUUCAUUGGCAUUGGUCUCUCCAUAGCAAAAAUUGCAGAAGAAGGAAUCGAUGUCAACACAGGCCUUACCGGGGUCGUUGUUGGAGUUGAUGUCACAACAAGUUCAGAGAAGAUGUGGAAUACCUUUCAAGCACUUGGAAACAUAGCUUUUGCAUAUGGUUUCAGUGUGGUCAUUGUUGAGAUAGAGGACACAUUAAAAUCAAGUCCACCGGAAAAUCAAGUCAUGAAGAAAUCAGCCGCUAUUGGAAUUUCAAUCACGACAUUCUUUUAUGCAUUAUGUGGUCUUCUAGGGUAUGCAGCAUUUGGCAAUAAUGCACCAGGAAACUUCUUAACUGGAUUUGGAUUUUACGAACCGUUUUGGCUUGUUGACAUUGGUAAUAUUUUCAUUAUUGUUCAUCUGGUCGGAGCUUAUCAGUUAUUUUCACAAACAAUAUAUUCUGCUGUGGAAAGUUGGAGUAGUAAGCGUUGGCCGCAAAGCAAAUUGAUAACAAAAGAAUAUCUUGUAAGAAUUCCAUUGGUUGGCACAUGGAGAAUGAACAUGUUCAAGUUGAUAGGGAGGACAAUGUAUGUGAUAAUCACAACAUUGGCUGCUAUCGUAUUUCCAUUCUUCAACAGCAUUGUGGGUUUGUUAGGAGCUAUAGCAUUCUUUCCCUUGACAGUGUAUUUUCCAAUAGAGAUGUACCUAAUACGAGCUAAAGUGCGAAAGUAUUCUCUUUUAUGGACUGUGAUGAAGGCGUUAAGUGUGUUUUGUUUGACUGUCUCUCUUGUUGCUGCAGUCGGAUCGAUUCAAGGAAUUAUCAAAGAGCUCAAGACAUAUAAGCCCUUCAAGACCAGAGGGAAUGAGAACACCAUUGUCAGCAGAACCAUUGAUAGAGCGGUUCUCACCAGAAAAGGAUGGCCGAGUAGGCGCAUGGCCAGUUCCGUAAUUGUGUUGGUUGAGUAUGUUCAUGUUGCUGCAAUGGAGGUAUUUGUGCUAGGUGAGCAGGUUAUUGUUGUUGAUGAGGAAGUACAUGUGUCAGCUGAGCAGGUUCAUGUUGUUAAUGAUGAUGUUACUCCUACUAAUAUAGAGGUCAGGAUUCGUGCUUUUAUAGAGGCAUUUGUUCAUACAGAUGGAACCUUUCUGGGAGGACAUAGUGACCAAUCUUUGCUCAUGGGGUACCAUGAGCUUGAUAAGGUAGAGAGGUAUGAGGUUGUCGCAAAUAUGUCAGGUGUUUAUAUUGGAAUUGCGACUGUGCCUGAGACGAGACAACUUGCUGGUUUCUUGACUAAAUUCUAA